UAGAGCAAUAAAAUCCCUAGUUUAUACAUGGAUAGUAGUCUAUAUAGCAGGAUAAAGUGUUUUGGAUAUUGAAUGAAAAGAAUUGGAAUUACUUGAAUUCACACAUGAAACUGUGAGAAAAGUCUACUUAACAAGAUGGUUUCCAUAGCAAUUUCGUGGAUUAGCUACCACAUUCUGCUUCCUAUCACUCUUAUUGCAAGUGUGAUAUUUCGCUACAACAUCUUUUCUUCAAUAUACUUGAUUCUUGUUCUGGUUUAUCCAUAUGCACCAUAUCUGACUUAUGCCACAAAAGGAAAAUGUUGCAGUUAUUCAGCAGGGGUUCUCGCCAUUUCACUGACUUUUAUUUUGGCUCAGAUUGGAUUUCAGGUUGCACUGCUUGCAACAUCACCCUAUGGAGAACUGGUUGGAGAUAAGUGCACAGAAAAAGAAAAGAUACUUCGAUACAUUGGACUAGAAAGACUCGAUGAAAUGGCUGUUGCAGAUGUGUUUCGAUUUCUUCUUCCAGAUGUUUUAUGUUUCCUCAUCGCUACCUUAACAUUUGUGUUAUUGAAAAGAACAGUUGAACCAGAGGUUGAUCAACAACAACAGCAGAGCUUAGAAGGCGAAAGUUUUGAAAACGAAACUUCUGUAGAUGCAGUAUCACAAGCUUCUAGUCGGUCUGGAUUUGGAUUCAAAUUUCUUCAUGUCACGUCAACAGCAUUGAAAAAUGCAGCAUUGCUUUUUAUAACAAUUGUCACUAUGGCAUUAGCAGGAAUUGCGAACCCAUCUUUAUUCUCUGGUUUAUAUUUGGUCGUUUUCAUGCUUCUAAUGACGAUAUGGUCACUACAUGGGAGAAUGCUGGGAACGGGAAUCGCUAUUCUGAGAGUCGUUGUCUCAAUUGUUGCUGCAGUUCAAUUAGUGAUUCUUUUCUUCUAUCAGAUGGAGUUCUUUCAGAAUUCAUUACCAGCAAAUUACUUGGGUGCCAGGUUGAUGGGACUCACACCAUUUGUCAAUACAACAAACUGUCAGAUCCAUGCUUUUGAACUCGUUCUAAAUACAGGAAUAACUUGGACCGAAUUUAUCAGUCCACCUCUCACAUUUCUAAUGUAUUGGAUGCUAGCUAUGGGAGUUCGAGUAUUCUUCACUUCAGAUAAGAAUAAAUUACAUUCUCAUGGAAGUUCUGACAGAAGAAAGAAAAGGAGGAAAGAUGAACGCAUGGUUCGAUCCAAAAACAUUGCUGUCCCAUCAGAUGAUAUAAACAUGCAACUGGAUACAGAAAGAGAGUCGGCUGAGCCACUGGUCCAGGAAGAAGUGACUCCUCAUGCCUAUGAUGCCAUCAAUGCACCAUCAACAUCUGUGACUGGUAAAGUGGAAGAAGAUGUUCCUGAUGAUGGAGAACACCCAACUGAAACCAAGCAAGGAUUUCUUCACACAAUAUCAGAUUGGAUGUCAGGAUUGAAAAACCAGAGUUUCUAUGUCAUAGUUCUAAUUGUAAUGAUGGCCUGGAGUGUAACGUUCCACAGUUGGCUGACACUCGUUUUAUUGAUCUGGUCCUGCAUAUUAUGGUUGGUUAAAGAUAGAUCAUGGAGUACCUUGGUCUGCUCUCCUGCAAUAACAAUUUAUGCAAUGAUGUUGAUAUGUCUUCAGUUUGUCUAUUCAUUGAAUCUGACUGAAACUGAAUUGCCAUCAUCUGUUAUCACAGCUAGGGGUAGAAAUAUGAGUCUGGCUUCAUUUGGAAUGAUUCAUUACUUUGACAACAAUCCCAGCCUGUUUCUUGGAGCGCAGAUUCUUUACACCUGUGUAUUCUGGAUUGUUUUACAUCAGUUUGUUUAUAUCAGAAGACAUAAAUCUGAAAUAGAUCAAGCUGCAAGAAAUGAUUCUUCAUGGCUAGUUAUGGCGGCUACUUACAUCAGAGAAAAACUGAGUAAAUACUGGAUUUUGUUUGUGUAUGGAUUCCUACUUGCUAUCUGUGUUGAGGGAAAACCAUCAGGAAUUAAACUGAUUUAUGCAUUGUAUUUUACAUUAAGUGGAUUUGUAUUUGAGUUAUCAUGGGUAAUCUGGCGAAAAACUCAACGUUUGUUUCUCUUUGCACUCGUUAUUUACACGAUGAUCGUUGUUCUACUUGUUUAUACUUAUCAAUUUGAUGAAUUUCCGGGAUAUUGGAAAAGUGCAACUAACUUUACUGAUGAGCAACUACGAGAUCUUGGAUUGAUAAAAUACGAACACACAGGAGAGUUAUUGCUUCGUAUUUGCAUUCCUACCUUCUUCCUUCUUGUGGUUAUUUUGCAAAUACAUUAUUUCCAUGACCGAUUUCUGCAGCUAACCAAGAAACGUUAUAAAGAAUUAGAAGCUGAUACCAAUCCAACUGCUGAUGAAGACAAUAAUCAGCCUGUAACCAGUAAUGUUGGGAAUGAUACAGACGGCAGUGUUGAAUCGAUUGAAAUGCAGGAUCUUUCUCCAAAAGAAAAACCAAAGAGCAGUAAGAAAGAUCAAGCGGUAGAAUUAGUGAAGAAAAGUUUUGAUCUAUUCCUUGAAUUUUGGUACGGUCUGAUCAGAUUGAUAUGGAGAUUGUUGGAAUUCCACAUGUGGAAAUUACUGAUUGUUACAGUUCUUGUAUCUGCUUUACAGCGGGCGAGUGCCGUCUUUGCAGUGUUAUUUGUGACCUGGGUUGUAUUUAUUCCAAUAAAAAAUCUUAGAACUUUGCUCUACAUUAUUACAUCAGCAUAUGUUGGAUUCCUGAUUCUUGGAUCUAUGUUUUAUCAACUUGAUUUUAUCACCUUAGCUCGCGGAGAUGAUUUAUAUUAUAACUGCACAUUCUAUCUAAACGCUACGGAACCAGUAAUGGAGACUUAUGAUUUCAUUGAAUGGUUGGGUUUCUCAAAGAUGACAGAUGACAAUUCGUUUUUCUAUCACUCUCAAGGAUUGAUAACAGUUGUGGUAAUGCUUGCAUUGGAGAGAAUUGUCGCUCGACGACAAGAAUGGAGACGUUAUUAUAGGAGAGAAUUAAAAUUGCCGUCACGGCUCACUGCUCUGUAUCCAAGCAUCUCUCAUAAUGAAGCAGACAAUGACUUUAUCUCCUGUUGCAAAUUUUUUCUGAAUUAUUGGUUUUAUAAAUUUGGAGUCGAGGCCUGCUAUAUUAUGGCAGUGAUAACAAUAUGGAUGAGAGCAGAUUCAUUCGGUGUGAUUUACUCCAUUUUAUUCAUCAUAUCAAUGGCUUUAAAAACUAGAAAAAGUCUUGCCAGAUAUUGGAAGUUCUAUGUCAUAAUCUUAAUGUCUAUACUGAUCGGAGAAUAUGCCAUCGCGCUUGGAAUGCCUCCAAUGUGGUGUACAGAAAAUGAAUAUCCAUGGACAACGUUUCAUCAUACGACAAUAGAAAUCAGAGACAGACUCAUCAGAUGGUUAUAUUUACCUGACUAUAUUAUCAAACCAUACAGCACAAGUUUAGUAGUCGAUGUCUUCCAGAUACUUUUUAUCAUUUGUCAACUAUUUGUCUUCGAGUUUGAAACAACGGAAACUGCAUUAUCUCAUGGUGGAGAUAACAAAUAUCUCACGGCUCGUCAACUUGACGAAGUCACUCCAGUAACUAACUCGAAACCAAAUUUUAUGUUGAAGAAAUAUGACGACAGUACAAGCAGAUCAAGAAAUGUUCUGGAUCAAUUUAAGUCUGGUGUUUUCAAAUAUUCAUUCUGGGUGACUUGUGCUAUAGUAUUUAUUGCUGGAACAUCAAGAAUAUCGUUAUUCUGCAUGGGAUAUUUGAUAGCGUUCUUCUAUCUGCUAUCAUUCAACCAAUCAUUACUUAUGGGAAAACCAAGCAAUUUACUCAGAAUAUGGAACAUUGUUUUGGGUUAUAAUGUUGCUGUCAUUGUUCUGAAAAUUUCAUUGCAAAUAACAUCAUGUGUUUACAUCGACGUAUUGGAAGAGAAAGCCUGUAUAUUCGUUCAACUGAUGAGUCUGGUUUGUGCAAGACCUGAAGCUUAUGCUGGACUUACUGAUCGUGAGACUGAGACAUGUGCAACACCCAACCAAUAUACGAACGCUGGAUUGACUUGGGAUUUCAUUUGCUUCAUGUUUCUAAUUAUUCAACGAAGAAUUUUCCAAACAUAUUAUUUUCUUCAUGUUUCUGAGGAUCUGCGGAUUUCAAUGAAAUUGGCUUCAAGAGGUGCAGAAUUAUUCGAAGAAAAACUCAUUGAAGAAGUUAAUACAAGAAAACAAAAGGAAGAAGGAGGUGUUACUGAAAUAAGAGAAAAUAUGGCUUCCAUUAGCAAAAGAUAUGCAAAACUUGGAGAAGGACAUUUGGUACCACAAUCACAUACUGAAGCAAUGCGUUCGGGAGAUUAUUAUAUGUUUGAAGAUCAAUCUCUAGAAAGAGAAACAGAAGAAGACAAAGAUAAAGAUAUUUUAAAUCCUUUGCAGAUGCUUCAUACAGCUGAUACUGUUGGAAUUGAUAAAGCGUUGGAAGACAGAGAAGUAGAUAAAAAAUUAUUGGACGAAGGAGAUGAUCAUAAGCCAAUUCCCAAAGAAACUUGGAAAGGAAAAUCAACAGAAAAUUUGGCCGUUGAUGACGACAUUGAUGCAACUGAACAAGAAAAGGAAGAGCCUAAAAAAAGAAAUAUCUUCGUCAAAGGAUGCAAAUUUAUUUGGGAAUUGUUUCUGUCUGGUGUUGACACAUUCAUAUUAUGGUUGAACACAAUAAACUGUGAUUAUAGAAAUGUGGCUUUGCAACUUUCUGGAGAAAAAGAUGAACUUGCACAGAUGAAUCUCGCUACGUCUCCGAGAGAAGACUCAACUGAAAUUCUUAUUGAGCCUCCACAGGAAAGUGAAAAAACAAAAGAAAUUCCACAAAUAUCUGCAGAUGAUGUUCAACUCUCUCUUUCACAAAAUGAUCAAGAGCAAAGUAGUUCAACUUCACAAAACGAAACACAAAAAUCAGUUUUGGAACCAAUUGAUUUUGAUAAAGAUCAAAUGAGAAUUUUGAGAUUGUUUUAUGCAAUAUGGUAUACGAUUAUUUCACGAACUGAUGUUGUCUGCUACAUGUUGGUUAUUCUCAAUCUAAUGUUAACGGCAUCAAUUAUGUCUCUUGUUCUUCCGAUAACCAUAUUUUUAUGGUCGUCACUUUCUACACCUCGUCCUACUAGCAGAUUUUGGAAUUUCUGCAUCAUAUACUUGGAAAUCGUCAUCAUGAUCAAGUUUCUUUUCCAAUUUGAAUUCUUUCCGUGGAAUGCUGACAAUGAAUCAAAUCUUCAAACCUAUAAUCCUUUCUGGUGGCCGAGGAUUAUCGGAAUUGAACAAAAACUAAGAUGGAGUGCAUUAGAUCUUGCACAACUACUGGCUUUCUUCUUCCACAGAUCUAUUUUAAAGGUUCAUGGGUUGUGGAAUAAAGUUGAUAAAAAUAAAUCGGAAAAUGGAGAAGAAAUUGAAGAUGGACAACAAGAAUCUAAAGGUGGGGUAAAGAAAGGUGAACCUCUUGCCAUUAAAGGAGCACAACAAUCUACCUCCAAAGAACAUACAACUGAUAAAGAGGGAGGAGAUGUUGCUUCUCAACAAAAGCCGAACGCAGAAGAGGAAACUUCCAAACUUGAUAGAUUUAAGAAAGCUUGUACGUCUCCCUACCGUUUCUAUCGUCGUAUCCUGACACAAGAAUUCAGUGCCGUUACAGAUGUUUAUAUUUACAUAUUCUUAUGUGAUGUCAUCAACUUUAUCAUCAUUAUAUUUGGAUAUUGGGCAUUUGGUAAAUAUGCCACUGAAGCAAGUGACGUUGUUUCAAACAUUUCUUCGAAUAAAGUUCCAACUGGAUUCCUUGUUAUGCUGUUGAUUCAGUUUGGAAUGAUGUUCAUUGAUCGAGCACUCUACUUGAGGAAGAAUCUCACAGGAAAAUUAAUCUUCCAAGUUUGUCUGGUUAUAGGAGUUCAUGUGUGGAUGUUUUUCCUCUUACCAUAUAUCAAUGAAAGACCAUUUUAUAUGAACGGUGUAGCACAGACCUGGUAUUUCUUCAAGGCAGUUUAUUUCCUUUUAUCUGCUUAUCAAAUAAGAUGUGGAUAUCCUACCAGAGUUCUGGGAAAUUUCUUAACCAAGGCAUAUGGAACAGCAAACCUCUUCUUAUUCAAAGGAUAUCGCAUGAUACCAUUCUUAGCUGAAUUGACUGCAGUUAUGGAUUGGAUGUUCAUAGAAACUACAAUGGGAAUUGGAGAAUGGUUUAAAUUUCAAUCAAUUUAUGCUGAAGUAUUCGAACUUAAAUGUUGGAGAGUCUUUGAAAAGAAUUAUCCUUCACCUCGAACGACUCCAAAAUCAAAAUUAAUCAAGUAUUUAGUUGGUGGAUUACUCGUUUUUUUCCUGAUUGCAAUCAUUUGGUUUCCAUUAUUAUUCAUGAAUAUUGUUCUUACUAUUGGAGGACUCACUAAUAACCCAGAACAAGUGUCGAUCCAGAUUACGGUCGGAACUUUCGAGCCGUUAUUCCAAGUUAUUGCUGAUUCUGAUGCGAUUCGUGUGUGGAGUAAUGAUGAAUUCAAUGAGUUUGCGCAUAAACAUGCUGAUAAUCCAUCUGCUGCAUUGUUCCUAUCAACGUAUUCUGCAUCUCAAGUUGUAUCUGUAACAAUUGAUGGAGAAUCCAAGACAGUUUGGGCAAUAAGUCCACCUCAACAACAACAGUUAUUAGACAGACUGAGCCAAAAUAAUCAUUACCCAGUUCAAGUUGAUUUUGAAUGGCAUAUUAUCAGAAAUUCUGAGAAGACUUCUGUGGUUACAACAUCAGGAUCAAAUAGAAUAUUUUUGUCAAAAAACGACACAGCAAGAUCUCAGCUUUAUGAGUUAUUGAAAUCAUCUGGUCAGAUAGGAACUCCAGCAACAAUAAAAGAAUUGUUUCCGAGAUAUGUUUAUUCCGGUCCAAAGUCUAUCUCGACAGCAGCUUCUAAGUUGUAUUCAACAAAUUCUUCAGAGAAAUAUGUUGACACAGAUCUUUCAAUUCAAUAUGCUCCUACAGACAACCUCACGUCAUGGUGGAGAGUUGUGGAAGUAAAACCUGAUGCAAAGAAUUCAACUAAACCACAGUUUGAAUUAGUGGUAUUUAGUGAUAAAGUCUCACCGGCUAGCUUGAGCUUCCUUGUUAGUUAUGGUAUAAUUGGUCUCUACGUUUCAAUUGUACUUGUUGUUGGAAAACUGGUUCGUGGAGCGUUGGUUGGAAGUACAAGUACCAUUAUGUUCCAAGAGUUACCUCGAGUCGACAGAAUACUUCAGUUAUGUCUGGAUAUUUUCCUAGUUCGAGAAGAACACCAAUUUCAAUUGGAAGAAGAUUUAUAUGCAAAACUUAUCUUCCUUUAUCGAUCGCCACAAACGUUAAUUUUAUGGACAAGACCCAAGCAAGAAUAAAGCCUAGUCUAUUCAAGAUUGUAUAUCUAGCGUAGCAGAAGAUCAUUAGGCAUACGAUAGCAUUCAAUGGUAAAAAAAAUAUUGAUGGUCUCCACCAAGGGUCAGGGCUGUCUGCAUGUAUGUAUUUUACUUGUGUGAUCAUAUUUUAUCUAUAGAGUACUCGUUCCAUGCUCCAUUGGUUGUCAGCAUUUUUCCUACUUUAUCCACAUUUUAAGAUUUUUCUUGAUUUUUUUUCAUGACAUAUUGUUGCAUUAUUUUAUCAUAUAAGUAUUCAUUUCGAGUGUUUGAUUGCAUUUUACAUUCAUUUUAAGUAUGUGUAGGGGAUGAUAUUUGAACAAAAAGUGGGAAUUUUACUGGAUGAAAAUUUGUUACGGUAAUUGCCUUGUACAGUGAAUACAUUUGACUUCCAAUUGCAAUGAUAAAUCAAUCAUCAUUAAUUUGUCAAUACAAUAUAAAUGCACGUAAAAUAUGGCAAAUAUCAAAAAAAAGACCAACUAUCGAAACUUUAAUUUUGUGAAAAGAAUCGCGAGGGACCACGGAAGGCCUUCAAGCAGCGACACAUACAACGCUGAUUCAGAUUAGUGAAUAAUACUUAGUAAAUGCAGUUGCAUCUAAUUACGAAUUAUUAUUAUUUCCACGACAGCAAAAAAGGGGGUAAAAAAAUUCAA